CCUCGCGCUCACUGUCAUUGGCGUCGAGAAGACGGCCCCAGAUGCCCUCGAUCUUGUCGCCGUUUUUUCUCUUCUUUCUUGGAGACGGGGAUUCUGAUCUCCCUCCUGGAACACCACCAACCUUCAAGUUCGAGGGGCCAUGGUUCAGCACUCAGCUUUUACUCUCUUGUUCGAUAGGAUUCGUUUCCUUCCUAACAUUUUCAUAUUCACGUACUCGUUACCCACUCAUGUUUGCACCGAGAACCAAGUUGACGGGAUUCUCACCCCAUGAAGCUCAUGCUCAUCAAGCCUUCUUUGGCUGGAUUUUGCCUACCAUUAGGACCUCCGAAUUUACAGUGCUGCAGAUUGUUGGGCUGGACGCUGCCGUGCUCCUUAGUUUCUUCAAGAUGUCUUUUUACCUUUUCUCCGUGUGCUCCUUCUUUGCCAUUGCGAUACUGAUGCCCAUUAAUUGGAGGCACAACAAAGAACUCCUAAGUGACCCAGAAUGGGACCUCGACUGGUCAGGAGAUUUGAACAACGAUUUUGGUGAAUGGUCUGGCCUUCUCUCGUCAAAUUCUUUCCUCGAACGUCCUUCUCGCCUCUCAAUCCUCACGGCCCCUAAUUCCACAAUUCCUGCAGACGAAAGCUGGCUUGGUCUCUUCACAGAUGCAACCACCUAUCUUUCCGUUCAUCUCGCGUUCACUUACCUUUUCACUAUUACGGCACUCUAUUUUAUUUACAAGAACUAUCGACGUUUCAUCCGGACCAGGCAGCUCUUCUCUCUGGAGUUGGUCCAUUCAAUAUCUGCACGCACCAUCCUGAUAACAAGGCUUCCGAGACAUCUCCAAGGAGAGAGACCGUUGGCGGAAUACUUUGAGGGUAUGAAUAUGGCUGUGGAGAGCGUGAGUAUUGUCCGCGAGGUGGGAAGUCUUAAAAGAUUGUUGGAUCAAAGGACAAAAGCGCUUUUGGAACUGGAAAGUGCAUGGGUUUCAUAUGUGGGUAACCCUAGCACAGUCGAGGAAUAUGAUCCGGAGAGUAGCGCCGCUAUUCCUUCGUGGAUGGGCGACGACGAUCUCGAGCCUGGGAUCACUCAAGCUCAACGAGGAAGACUGGUGGUACCGCACAGGAAACGACCCACGCUACGACCUGGUUGGUUUAGUCCCAAAGUAGAUGCGCUAGAGUACUUGGAGAAGAAGUUCAGAGAUUUGGAUGAACUUGUUAAACGGAGACGACGAAUCGGCAGGUUCAGAGCUACUCAGACUGCCUUCGUCACCUUCGAGAAGAUGUCCAGUGCUCAAUCCGCUCUUCAAAUAGCUCACGCUCCGAAUCCUUUUCAGUGUAAGACAUACCCAGCACCUGAACCCAGGGAUAUUGUCUGGUCCAACAUGAUACCGACUGAAAAUUCCAUGUAUGCCCGAGAUAUCAUGGUUCUGGCCGCGUUAGGACUACUGUUCUUCACCUGGUUUUUCCCGAUAACUGUACUCGCCAGUCUACUCAGUUACGAUGAAAUCAAGAGAACACUGCCAUGGCUCGCCGACCUCAUCAAUCAAAAUGAGAAAAUACAGGCAAUUGUGCAAAACUCGUUACCGUCGGUUGCGAUGAUUACCUUGAAUGCUCUUUUGCCCUUCAUGCUCGAAGGUCUUACUUAUUUACAAGGAUACCGCGCUCGAAGCUGGGUCGAAUAUUCAUUACUCAAGAAAUACCAUCUCUUCCUGCUUGUCAACGUAGUGUUCAUAUUUCUAGUCGUAAGCACCUAUUGGGCUCUUGUUCGAGAUUUGGCCAAUUUUCCGGCCAAAAUCCCGGAGAAGCUGGCCAAAGCAUUGCAGAGCGGAAAAGCAAGAAACUUCUUCCUGUCCUACGUUAUUCUUCAAGGAUUGGGCAUCAUGCCAUUGCAGUUGCUCAACUUGGGCGUCCUUAUUCCCCAGUUUUUGAUGAGAAUGUUCUUUACCCGCACACCUCGAGACUAUGCCGAAUUAAAUGCUCCACCCAUGAUCAACUAUGGUGUUGUUUAUCCUCAGGCAAUUCUCAUGUUCACGAUCACCAUACUUUACAGUGUGGUCCAACCGCUCAUCCUAAUUUUUGGAGCCAUUUACUUCGGUAUGGCGUAUGUGGUUUACAAAUACAAGUUACUCUUUGUGUUUUACAAACCGUACGAAUCACAAGGCCAAGCUUGGCCGAUCACCUACAUUCGACUGAUAUGGGGUGUGAUCAUUUUCCUGGUUUUCAUGACAGGCUUCUUCUUGGUCUCAAAAGCUUUCAUUCUUUCGUCGUUCAUCGUACCUCUCCUGGGGGGUACUUUGAUUUGGAUGUGGUAUUUGCAUAGCGUUCUUACUCCUUUGAGCCGUUAUGUCAACCUCAGUUCCGUAUACGAGGUCGAGCGGGGAGAGGAAAGUGAAGAAGUGUCGAGAUUGAGGAGUGGACAUCCCGUUACUUGGUCGCAAACCAACUUGAACCGAAGAAGAUAUGCUCAGAACGACGAGACGUUGUAUGUUGCUCCGGAAGACGAGCGGACUGAUUAUUCCCAACCACCAAUGGCAAACUGGUACAAUGGGGUCCUAAACACCGGAAAACGAAGAUAUGGACACCCCGCAUUGACUGGUGUUCUCCCUGAGCCAUGGUUGCCUCUGAAGAAGGGCCAGACCCUCAGCAACUCGAACGAUCGCGAGCGUGGGGCUCGAAAUGGUGGUACAAAGGACCUCAAUCAAGCGGUGGUACUCACUCUUCGUAAACGGCCAAGUAUCCGUAAGGCGAGCCGAACGCUUUCUGCGGUGGCACCCAACGACACCGGUGAAGACAGCCCGUAUGGUGGGUCAAGAGACGUGUCCGGGAUGAGCAGUAACCCUUGGGAAGAUACCCAAUUACAGUCUACUUCGUCGCCGAUGCGAGCGUCCUCGUCCUCGAGUGGAAUAAAUCAUAGGCUAAGCUUUGACCAGGCGACGGGAAUCAUUAUGUUACCUGAUGAUCAAAGUUGGUUAGGACCAGGAGCUGAUGAUAGCGAGGAUGAUAAUAAGGACGAGGACUAUGGUACUUUCGAACGACAGCGGCGGAUUAGUGUAGUUUCCCCGCAACCAACGGCUGCAAGGAAUCCUAGUCAUGAUGCUGAAAGUGGCGUCUCGACUGGAAGUGAAGAAGGAACGCCAACCCCUAUAACAAUGGACACAUCUUUACCGCCAUCUACUGCCAGUCCGUCACGAACAUCGAGAUAUGGAACGUAUUUCCAUCAUCCCGAGAGGCGACGGUCUUCACAAAUUCCGGGAGCCUUUCCUCGAACUUAGGAUUCGUCUAUGUACAUCGCCACACCAUACGCUCGCUGUAACCGAUUCGCAUAAUGAUUCCUAUGAAUAAUGUUGUCUACCAAUACCUUCUCAUAUCGGACAACAGGAAAAAGGUUGCUAUGUACUCGAGUAUAACGAAUCCGAAAACUGUCCUUCAUGAUCCCACAGGUCUUAUUACACCCUGACCAAAAAUAACAUGGCUUACGCCGCCGGUGGCAGUGGAAUUGACGGCAGUAGCUGGAUCGGGUAAGACCAAGGAGCGUAAUGACCUGAGGAGGAACAAGGCAUUGGCAAGGAAAAAGUAAAUAAAGACGAGGUAAUAAAGGGUGACGACGUUAGGGUAGUUGGAUAGAAUGGUGAGGAUGACACUGUUUAAACGUCUCUUAGUUGACAACAGAGCGGUGGAUUGGGGGGUUGAAAUCGUACCCAACAAACUUGUAGCCAGUGUAAGCAACGAUGUCGACAGCUUGACCAGAGCUUUGUACGUUGAGGAGAUAACAACCGACGUAGACGAAGAGAAAGUCGACGAUAACGACGCCUAGAGCCGAAGAGGCUGACUCUCCCAAAAU